CUGGAUUUCGAGACUACUCGCCACCCGUCUAACUUCAAGUUUCCUCUCCCCUGUGCUCUGUAUGGUUAUUCCUAAAGUAUCGCAAUAAACUAUAUCUAUCCCUAGGCACCUGUAAAAUAUCGACACAGUCGAGCCAUACCGACUUUCGAUCGCUUCUUCAAGUUGACUGCAUACUCUGGUUGGCUCUGAGUCUGACUGCAUACGCCGGCUCACAGCUGGUAAGCGUAACUUACGAUGGCGGCAAAAAAGAAGAAGACGGGGAACACUGGCACGCAGCCGAGCGCGAAAGAGCAGAAGAAAGUGAAGGCGGCGCAAAAAGUUGAGAAGAAGGAGGCGAAGAAGAAUGUUAAAUCGAAGACGAAGGGAGGAGCGGGGGAGGAUGACGAUCAGGAUUUGGAGGCGAUUCUGGAUAUGUAGAUGCGGAGAGAAUGGGAAGAAUCGCAUGCUGUUAUCGAAGAACUAGUCGAAGGCCCUCCCAGUCGACGCGCCAAUGCGACGCUCACACCCUGUCCGAACGGAAACCACCUCUGGUGCAUCGGCGGAGAGUUCUUCAGCGAGGACGGAAAUGCUCACUUCUAUAACGACGUCUUCAGGUAUACUCCGGAGAAGGACGAGUGGCGCAAGUUCGUCUCUCCCACUUGUCCGGGGCCUCGAUCCGCGCAUGCAGUCGUCGGAUCCCCUAUUGGCGGCGGUAAACUAUUCCUCUUCGGAGGAGAGUUCUCGUCUUUGCGACAGAACAAUUUCCAUCACUAUCGCGACUUCUGGUGCUUCGACAUCGCCACACAUUCAUGGGAUCGUAUAGAUACGAAGGAAAGGCCGUCUGCAAGAUCUGGUCAUCGGAUGGCCAUGUGGAAACACUACGUCGUGCUAUUCGGUGGUUUUAACGAUCCAGGAUACAUAACUAAGUACAUGAACGAUCUCUGGGUGUUCGAUAUUCAGGAGUAUAAGUGGCGAGAGAUCGUGUUCAGGGAUGAUCUCAAACCCCCACCCAGGAGCGGAUUCUCCUUCCUACCGACUCCUGAUGGUGUCGUGCUGCACGGUGGAUAUUGUAAGGAAUAUGUCAAAGGCAAGCGCCCUGUUGGCGUAAUGCUAGAUGACACCUGGUUUCUCAAACUCACUCUCGAAACACCGCCCGAAUCCGCCGGUCCAUCCACCAAGAAAUCCGCCUCCACCUUCAACCCGCUGUCCGCGAAAUGGGAACGCCGGAAACGUUCCACAACAGCUUUUGCGCCGUCGUUGAGGUCGGGGUGUACCAUGGCCUUAUGGGCUGCGAAAAAUAUGGGGGUGUUGUUCGGGGGUGUGACGGAUGAGGAUACGAAUGAGGAGACGCUGGAGAGCGUGUUUCAUAAUGAUCUGUAUGGGUAUCAGUUGGCCAGUGGGAAAUGGAUACCGAUGCUCUUGAAGAAACCGAAGAAGAAAGGCGCGGGCUCAGCACCGAAGAGACAAAGAAAGAAAAAAGGUGCCUCCGAGGACGAAAAAGGGGGUAAGGGUGGUGGCGAUGGUGGUUCGGACAGUGACAGCCAAAUGGUCACAUCCUCACGACCACCACCAAGGAAAACACCGAGUUCGGUACAAGCAUCCGCGAACCCGGACGCAGAUCCGGAAGAUCCAAGUCUAAGCACACCGCCCCCGAGAUAUAACGCGAUGUUGGCGGUCCUGCGAAAUACACUUCACAUUUACGGAGGAAUAUACGAGCGUGGAUCCCGCGAAUAUACGCUGGACGACUUUUAUACCCUUCAACUGGACAAACUUGAUCGCUACGUCUGUCUCAAAGAAAGUGCGGUCCUGAUCCCUCCUGAAGGCGAGGAAGUAUCUAGCAGUGGUGAUGAUGACGAAGAUGACGAGUCCGGGGAUGAUGAUACUUCAUCUAGUCGUGAGUCUGAGGGUGAGGGUGGGAGUGUGGUGGCGACGACGUCAAAGACCAAACGGAAAGAAAAGGAGGUCAUUAAGGCCGCAAUCGAAGAAGAUGAGAAGAGAGAGUUUGAGAAGAGGGAAGAGAGUCCUGAGCCACCGGCAGAGGUCACGGAUGCAACUAAGAAGGAAGAGGAAGAGAUGGAGUUAGAGAACGCGCUAAAACCGCAGGUCGAGGCGUUUAUGGGUGUGGCCAAGGAUGCGGCGCGGUCACCGGAGGAAAUGCUCAGUACGCCACUACCGGGAGAGACAUUAGCAGCGUUCUAUGCUCGUUCUCGCGACCAUUGGAAUGCUAAAGUUUAUGAGACUAGCGGUGAUAGGGGUAAACAAGCUCGUCGUGUUGGGUUCACCAUGGCACAGGAACGAUACAACGAGUACAAGCCCACUUUGAAAAAUCUAGAACGCAUCUUAGCAGAAGCUGGGUUGGACGAGGAGGAGAUGAAGAGAGGUGCAGCGGCGGCUGGAGCUGGUGGAGGGGGUGGAAGCGGUCAUGGCAGGAAUCGGAGGUGA